AUGAGAGCGUACAGCGACUGCUGUCGGACGCGCUGGCGGCUGCGAGAGACGAGCUCCAGCAACGACAGCGAGGCCACGCUGGAAUACGGCGGGUCACUCUCUCUGGCUGGUGGCCGUCGACGAGCGCUACAGCGAGCUGCUCGCCAGUUCGAUAUCAGAGGCUGUGACGGCGAUGCGGGCCAUGGCUACGGGCAGAGGGCCAUCUCGUCGGACGAGUUUCGUGUCUCGAUAUUGACACGGAUAGCAGUUAGAGACGCGGGUGACGAGACGCUGACAGCGGGCAGCAAGACUGGCAUCGGGAUAGGCAUUGGACUCGCAUUUGUUGCCCUCGCGUCUCUCGGGUUCCUACAUUUCUACCGUCGACGGCGACGAAGAAGAGAGAUCGACUCGUAUCUCGCGGCAUCACGGCCAGCGCAGACAGAAGCAGCAGCAGUAACAACAACAUCAACAUCAACAAUGGCAUCCCCAGAGUCAAUAGCGGAGAUGCCGACGGAUAACGAGACUGUGAAGCAAUCUGUAUUCGAGAUCGAAGGCCAGGGACGGAAGCUUGCGGAGCUCCAGGGCUCUCUGGCCGCCAGCGAGAUGCCAGCCUCCUCAGCGCACCAGCAGCCAGCAGCACCUGUCGAGCUCCCAGGCAGCAUCCCCAGAACGAUAUCGACAUGAAAUGAACCCCAGCAUUUCUCUUUCCUUUUCCCUAUACUUUUACGGUGUUACUAGGAAAUACGGCCCGAGACAAGGGCUGGAAUAGCGUUUCGGGCUAACUAGCUGAGCAUAUCAAGAUGGUGACACAGAAUAGGGACAUAUCUUUGAUUCAGCCGGAGCAUCUCCAGGCCAGAUAGAAAAAAGGAAGAAGAGGGCUGACCCUUGGGCGGGAAGAAGCUUGUCUGGUGGGCUCCUUCGCUGCUUCUCAGGAGUCUUUUCUCAUCUCAAAGGGGUAGCUAUAUCCUCCCUCCAGUUUCUGUGUCUGCUGGCCCUCGCUAUCGUUGCUUAAUCCAGAGUAUCUCUCUGGUGUCUCUUGUUAUUCUUAUACUGAGGGCUCCCUGUCCUCUUUCCUCCUGCGCUUCGUACUGCUGCUGCUUUCCCCGUAUGCCCUGUAACUAACGCAUCCUUGUAGAAAAGAUCGAAA